AUCUAUAUGCUCGCUAUUCUUCUUGUUGUUGAAAGACCCAUCUAACUUUGCAUGGGCCGGUCCCUGCAUGUACAGAUUACUCAUUAUAAGUAAUUUAUAAUCACGUCAUCACGUCUGUCAUUUAGAGCUGUGGUCAUUCAUCAACAAUUGGUGUUCUUGUCUUGACAGCUCGUCCUUCGACAAAGAUCUCAGAUACCCAUCAAGACGUAUUCAAAUUCUCUGAUUCGCCCACCAUGGCAACUACAUCCCCUCCAACAGACGUCAAACUCCGCAGCCCGUCGACUUACGCUUCUUCUUCUUCUUCUGCGAGCCAGCCCCCAUCUCUCUCCCCAUCACUCGACUGGCUCCGCCGAACAUGGUCCGUCACGCACUCCACCCUCUCCAUGUGGCGCUCCGCCCGCAACGUCCGCAUCACCUACACCUCACUCCCGCCAAAACCGGACGGCACUACUCGACUCGACGACCUUGUCGAGUAUGAAUCCGUCAACUCCACUGGCAGGCGCAAGACCGUCCGGGGCGUUGACACGGCCUCCGUUGCCCCUCUUCCCCCAUCCCCUUCUUCAGAUUCUGCUCUUACCACCACCUCCUGGGACUGGCGUGGUAGCGGCCUUCUCUUCUUUGCCACCUCCCACUGGGAGAUCCUCGGCUGGGGUGAGCGCCCAUUGCCUCCGGGACCCGGAGGUGAAGCGGAUGGUUCGCAGGUCGAGCGGUGGGCGGUCACAUGGUUUGCGCCGACGCUGUUCACCAAGGAAGGUGUCGAUAUCUACUCGGACCGAAAGGAGGGCUUGAGCCAGGAGACGUACAAGCUCGUGCACGAGGCGCUGCUAGGACUCGAGGCCCGGUCUGUCGCUGAGAUGGUAGAGAAGGAUUUGCGUCCUGUGGAGAUCAGACUACCCUGGGUUGAGAAUUGAGUAGAGCUCUUUGGCUCUCGAUUGUGGCGAGUUGGGCCUAUGUAUGUCAUGCAUUAGAGAUCCAAAGCUUGGAUGAGUCUCAGUACAUAUCACGGUGGACGGCUUCGUGUGGAGGAAAGCACCCGAGCGCUCGAUAUACCAUCAAUGAAAACAGCCGUUGGGAACCGCGAUGUCUCUCGCUCUCUUCCCAUAUCCCCCGGCAAGCUACUCCCACAACGAAAAUCCUCGC